AUGGGCCUUUUCGGCCACAUGCGCAUCCACGAGAGCGGCCUUGACCGCACUCCCGACACACCCACCACAUCCACCGUGCACACCCCCACCUUCGUUCCAUCCGUCCGCGCCACCACCACCACCGCCUCCUCUGUAGCUGACACUGACACCGCUGACUUCUCAUGUCCACACUGUCUACGCACAUUCGCCUCACGCAUCGGCCUGGUCGGUCACUUGCGAAUCCAUCGCACAGAGACUGGCGACCCAGUGCCUGGAGCACCCACCUAUACCCACCAAGCUCGUCUCAACUGCCCACACUGA